GAAAGCCAUUACUCAUCUCCCACGACAAGAUCAGACACACACACACACAGGCAAGAAGCAAUUUCAGCAACGAUCGUGCAAAAAGGGGUUGUCUCUCUCGGUGUUUGAAGGAGCGAGUUAAUUAUAGAUAUAGCUGUAGGACAGGCAGUCCGAGCUGGGUGAAGAGGAGGAGGAGGAGACUGCAACUGGAUCGUGGAAGGGGGUAGGGUCUUCCUUGAGCAGUUCUGAAUAUCCAGUGUUUGGUGAACUGUCCCACCUGGAGGCACUGGAAACCGCACAAGUUUAAUGGCGGAAGGAGGACUCUGAACUGAGGGGUGGGGUUGGUGCUUUGUAGAGGUUGAAGACUUCUGCCCCCACUUCCCUCUUCAACACUGUUGCUAUUCAUCAUGGCCAGCAAGAGAAAGUCUACAACUCCUUGUAUGAUACCAGCCAAAUCCCUGACCAUGCACGAAGCAGAAAUGGACAUUACUCCAGAAUACAAUGAUGACGAUGAAGCCUCUCCACAAGCAUUUCCUGUUGAGGAUAUUUCUGCCAGCGAGGAGGCAUUCACAGUGAUCAAUAAUAAUGAUGUUGCAGAACGUGGUGGAUUUGAAUGCAAGUACUGCAAUUACACAAGUCAGGACUAUCACACGUUUACUGUGCACAUAGAAUCAGAGCACUCUGAUGCAAGUGUGGACCAACUUUAUGUCUGUGUUGAGUGUAACUUCAGUGCCAAGAGUCAGGAGUCCCUGACAGUGCACAACACCCUCAGCCACCCGAAUGAGGCCAACCUGAAAGUGAGUGUCAUCAAAAAGAACAGCCAGACAGUUGUUGAGCAGAGCAUCACCGAGACCAAAAACAGUGAUGGCAAGGAAAACGGUGAGGAAGCGGAAACGCAGUCGGAAAUCUCCAUCAGCAAAACGCCCAUCAUGAAGAUGCUGAAGGCCAAGCCGGAAGGCAAGCGGAUCACAGUCUCUCAUGCUGGAAGGGAAGAGUCCAAUGAUGAAGGAGGGGCGGCUGAUGAGGCUGUGAAAAAAACUGAGGGUGGGGAUGUAGUGGAGGUUCUGUCUGCCAAUGGUCUGACAGCACCUUCCCAUCCUGUCAAUGGAACGGCUGUGGUAUCUGUGCCUGUCCUGCAGGCAGGCAUGGCACAGAUAGUCCCUGUCAUACAACGGUCAGCAUCCAGCAACAGCUCAAGCUCCCUGCCCAAAGUCAUGAUCCCGUUGAGCAGCAUCCCCUCGUACAACGCUGCCAUGGACUCCAACAGCUUCCUCAACAACUCCUUCAACAAGUUCCCCUACCCUUCGAAGGCUGAGCUGUGCUGGCUGACAGUGGUGACCAAGUACCCAGAGGAGCAGCUCAAGAUCUGGUUCACUGCCCAGCGGCUGAAGCACGGCAUCAGCUGGACGCCGGAGGAGAUCGAGGACGCCCGCAAGAACAUGUUCAACACCAUCAUCCAGAGCGUGCCUCAGCAGACCAUCACGGUGCUGCCCACCCAGGUGACCAACGCCAAUGGCGGCCAGCAUGUCCUGCAGGCCAACUUCCCCUGCCAGCUGUUGACCCAAGGGGGGAACAUCGUGGUCACUCAGCCAGGCGGGAUAGUGAAGGGAGCCACCAUGUCGGGCACCCCUGUCGCUGUCAGCCUCGCCACCCUCCCCAAGCCGCAGAACUCCCCCAAGUUUCAGCCGCAGAAAGCGGUGGGCUCAGCGGUCGGGUCCAGUGUCAAGAUCUUGGCGGCUCCCUCUGUGACAGGUCUCCAACCGGGGGCAGUCGCCGUCACGUCCAGUCACCCGUCCACCGCCAGCCUGGUCUCAGAGUUCAGCACCUACAAGUACAAGAAGACCAAGGAGCAGCUGGCAGCGCUGAAGCAGAGCUUCCUGCGGGCCCAGUUCCCGGAGCACGAGGAGGUGGACCGGCUGGUCCGGGUCACCGGGUUGCAGGGCAAAGAGAUCCGCAAGUGGUUCAGCGACCGGCGCUACAACUACAAGAACCUCAAGUGCAAUCAGGCCUUCGACACCAGCACUGCCAACGCCUGCGCGUCUGCCGAGACGGUCCCCGAGGAGACGUCCACACCCCCUCCUCCACCACAGACGGCGGUGGCCGGACCCCAGUCCUCACCGGCCCCCCAGGCCCGGCGCCAGUGGCAGACCAGCUGCGAGUUCACCCCGCCCAAGUUCAAGGGCAAGUCGGCUGAGCAGCUGAGCGCCCUGGAGCACAGCUACGCGCAGAACCCCUUUCCCCCCGAGGAGGAGGUGGACCGGCUGCGGGCCGAGACCAAGAUGACCCGCCGGGAGAUCGACCUCUGGUUCUCCGAGCGGCGGAAGGCCAAGCCGGACGACAGGGCCGCCAAGGCCCGGCGGCGGGCGGACGCCGACUCCGGUGAGGAGGAUGAGGACGAAGAGGAUGACGAGGAGGAGGAGGAUGAGGAGGAGUCGGACGGCGAGGGGACGCCGAGCGACAGCAGCUCGGUGGACAUGAAGCGGCUGAUCAUGGCCCCGGAGCGAUUGAAGGGGAGCCCCAUGAAGGUCAACGUGAAGGACGGCUUGGGCCUGUGCGUGCAGCAGCAGCAGCAGCCCAAGGCCAGCAAGGCCUCACAGCCUCCAGGCAGCUCGCCUCCCAACCCCGUCAAGUACAAAGGCCAGAACAAGAAGACGGUGCACCAGCUGCACCUGAUGAAGCUGCAGUUCAUGCGGACCCAGUGGCCGACCGUCGAGGAGUAUGACGAGCUGGCCAUCAAGUCGCGGCUGCCGCGCACUGAGGUCGUCCGCUGGUUCGGCGACGCACGCUACGCCCUCAAAAACGGCCAACUCAAGUGGUACGACGACUACAAGAAGGGGAUCUACGCCAUCCGCUCGGGCAGCAACAGCCUGAUCACUGACCUACCAUGUGACGGUUACCGGCCCAAGCGGACGCCCUCGAGAAAGGGCGGGAAGGCGGUACUGUUUGAGUACUACACGCAGCACCGUGCACUGCACGAGGAGGACCUUGAUCGCCUCUGCGAGCGCUCCAGCAUGAGCUACGAGCAGGUCCGCGACUGGUUCGCCGAGAAGCAGACUGAGGACGCCAUGUACAUGUCCGACUUCAGCAACGAGGACCAGCAGUCGACCAACGGCGAGGCUGACAAGGCGGAGAAGGGCCGCGGCGCACUGCGAUUGGCAGCCUCCUCCUCCUCUGCCGCCGCGGUGGAGGAGGCCUACUCGGACGUGACGGACAACAGCGACAACUGGGAUGUGCCGUCGACGCGCGAGGGCCAGGCCGAGCUGAACGAGUUCGAUGCCGAGAACGUCUCCGGUGAGGCCUGAAAAGCAGAAUGAUGCGAGUUGAGCACCUUUAAAGAAAAGGAAUGAUGCUGUGGUUUAUUUCUGGCUGAAGAAAGUCUUCGACUCUUCUGGGGCCUAAAGCUGCCUCUAGCUGCUACUCUGACUGAUCGGAUGCUGUUUUGGGAGGCUGCAGCUGUGGUUCAAACACUUGGUUUUAUGUGUGUGUGCGUGUGAGUCAUGGCACCAUUACUGUAAAUAGACAGUGACAUAACUGACACAGGAAGGAGAAGGUGCCCACCUGCAUUUUUAGCGCCCAGCAGUUGCCACAGUCAAGGAAUUCACUUCAGUGCACGAAGCUCUUUGUAAGUGACAGGUCAAAGAGCAAUUUUUUGACAUGUUUGUAAAAUUAUGUCUUUUAUCAGUUGAAUCCAUAUUGAGAUAAUAGUGAAAGUGGUGAUACAGACGUUUGAUGUUUGAAACAGAGCCAAGCACUAUGAGAUAUUAUUGAGUCAUCAUUCCUCAUCAGGGAGAAACCUGUUAGUAAAAUCAUUUCAUAAAUCUCUGCUUGCACAAGGAGUGAGACCAGUAUCUGUUUAAUUUUUACUUUCUUGAUAUUUAACCUGUUUUUUUCCUACUUUCAUCUCCUGAAACAUUUUUUCCUCAAACCUCCCACUCCCCCUCAUUUUUUGUAUCUGUGCUUCAGAUGGCACUUUAUGUGUGGACAGUUGAACCAAUUCCCAUCAAUGAAUAGCAAUGGCAAUUAAUGGCUGUGUGGUGAAGUAGAGCAUGCACCGGUAAGUGAAAUAUCAGACAUGAAGUAGAAAGCAACCUUGCAGGGCACGAUAGUGCAAGGACUGUGAAGUGAGGUGGAUAGAUUCCCUGAUCUCAGUCACAUCUUUUAAUGUCAGCAGAGCUCUUGAGUUGGGCCUAAAAAACAUUGUCGCAAAUUCUUUUGGAGCUUUAUGCCACUCACUUUAUGUGGGACAGUUCAUACCAAAAUGGCAUUACUUUGGAAAGUAAUUUACUAUGCAACUGGAUGCACUUGGAAGUCCAGUUAAUCAUUUAGUAUUUAAGUAGCAACACUACGUUCACAAUGUUUUCACUGGCAUGAACGAGGGGCUGGAUCUGUGCUCGUCAGAGUAGGAUUUGCCAAGGAUAUGGCAUGCAGGCAGGACUGUACUAAUUUAAAAAAAGAAUAUAUAUAUGUGUGUGUAUGUGAGAGUGUGUGUGUAUGUGUGUAUAUAUAUUAAGCAGUUAUUAUCGCUGUGAGAAACCAAAAAGGUAUAAUUUUUUUGCCUGCGGCAGGUCUUCAUCAGAUGAUCUGCAAAAGAAAUGAAGGAUCUGUGAGAAUUGGAUCUGGUUGGGUUAUGGUAACAGUAAUGGAAAAAUGGGCAGGUAUUCAGGCAGAACUGCAAUUUCCUCCUGUUGGAUUAUCAGACUAGCGCUACUGAGUAGCUUUAACUGGGAAAGAUGGUUCUAGACUUAUUGUACACAGCUAGCCCAUUCUACCGAUUGCUGAAUGUAUUCCUUGGUAGGUGUUUGACUGAGAGAGAACCCUGCCUUGAUGCAACACUAAAUCUUGUUUCUGUGAAGAAACUGGAGGGGGAGGCAGGUAUGUGUAGGGCCUUUGCACCAUGAACCCUUAAUUUACCAGCCUAUAUUUUCAAAUGAUUUGAAGAUCGUUGUUGCUGAUGCAGCAUUUGUUCACUUUGGCUGAAAUUAUCUGGUCUUUUCAAAAGUAAUCCUUAUACUUUCAGAUCCUUUCUUCUUUCUAGACAAUGGAAUGGGAAUAGUAAUUAUGGAACUGUUGCCCAUCUUUAAAUGUUUUAUUGUAAGGCUGACAGAAUUUCUUGGUGAGCUGUCUUUGUCUGUUGCUAUGUGAUUGUGUUGGAUGAAGACAAUUCCCUUCUACUUCUGUGAAAUUCAGUGACAAUAUUUGAUUUGAAGCUUUGGUCAUUAUUUUGAUGCUGCUUUUAGUUGUUGGUAGAGUAAACCUUCACAUCCUUUUAGAGAACCGGCAGUUCAUCUAAUCCACAGUGAGAAAGUUAUCAAGAUAGCAAUCAAGAUUAAUGCUAGAAUCGCAGCACUGUUGACAUUCUGUCAUCAACAACACCGAUUGGAAUUUAAAGCUCCUUUUAUCAGAAACCCAAUUCCAAUUUUGAAUUCCAUGCAAUUUUGGAUUAAGGAUUAACUUAACCUGAAACAAUAAGAAUUCCUUCAAAGACAGUGAGGUUGUGGAAUGGCUAACUUAAUCAUACAGAUGAACAAGGCUCAAAGUUUUCCUCACACCAGCCAGUCAAAGCUGGGAUUUUAGUAGAUAGCUACAGUUUGAUGCCCAAUGACACCCAGUGUUUCACAUCUGGAUUGCUGUUGAGUGAUUCCCUGUCAGUAGCAAAUGAGUUCAGGUUUCAGAUGAGGGCCGAUUCCGUUAAGAUGUUCUUUCCUGUUUCCUUCCCACACAUCUGCUGAGACCAAUGGGGCAGGCAUGGUGACAUACUAAUAUCAGUAAAAGCCAUCAUAAGUAUUUCACUUAGUUACAAAACAAAAUGUCCUUUAGGGCAGGGAACUUUGUCAUCCUUACCCAUUCUGGCCACUGUGUGACUCCAGUCCUGGGUCAGUUAACUGCCCCCGAAGCAGCCUCACAGACUGUUGUGUCAAUCUGUUUCACUUAAGGACAUACUACCCCAUUACCAUCACCUUUUUUACAAAGUUAGAUUACUUACAGUGUGGAAACAGGCCCUUCGGCCCAACAAAUCCACACUGAUCCCGCCAAAGCGCAACCCACCCAGACCCAUUCCCCUACAUUUACCCCUUCACCUAACACUACGAACAAUUUAGCAUGGCUAAUUCACCUAACCUGCACAUUUUUUUUUGGACUGUGAGAGGAAACCAGAGCACCCGGAGGAACCCCAUGCAGACACAGGGAGAAUGUGCAAACUCCACACAAUCAGUCACCUGAGGCGGGAAUUGAACCUGGGUCUCUGGCGCUGUGAGGCAGCAGUGCUAACCACUGUGCCCACUUCUGGCAUCAUCUAAUGAUAGACAAUAAAAUGCUUGCUGCUUAGCAAUGCCAAACGUGAUUCAAAUAAUCCAAAAUGGCCACCUUGGCAAAGUUUACAAUUCAACCAUAGAAAUGCUGUCUGUUGAAGAGUCACUCGCUUCAAGGCGGGAGGGGAGAAGUUGGGAAGGAAAGACCAAAGUCUUGGCAGGCACAUCAAAUCAACCGGUCUUAUUGUAAGCUGAGAAUGAACUGACAGAAAUAUAAAGCAGCAUACAGGCAGUCGUGCAAUUUACAACCUUUGGUACGUAACAGAUUAUGGAGGAGGUGCCUACUAGUCAACAGGAAAUCACACUACACUUCAAAGUGACACUCACUAUCUCCCAGAACUUAGACAUACAUGAGAAAUUAAUCGAAUUGGCUGUCUGAGGUGGAUUUUGGUGAAGGAGGUACAUUUUGCCUCCAGCCCCAUAGUUCAACGCUGAAGGGAAGUAUUAUCAUCAGAGGAAGUGACAUAGUAUGCCAUGGCAUUUAGUUUAUAGGAGAAAGUAAAGCCUUCUGUGAUAUAUUAGAGAAAUAAGGUAGAGAAUGCUUGGGAGUAAGUUGCAAAGCUGAAGGCUAAUUAGGGUAUUUGGUUUAUGUACAUUUAUUAACCUCCAUUGAAGCCUGACAUUAAUUUCCAGCACUUGACUUGUUCAGUGAUCAAGAAAAAAACAAGUUUUCAUUUAUCCCUCCCAGAAUUUUGUUUCUUUCACAUUUGUUCUGACAACCACAUUUAUGUGAAGUGUGCAUCACUGGCAAUGUCACCAUUUGUUGCACAUCCCUAAUUACCCUUGAACCGUGUGGCUACUGUUCAGAGUCAGCUACGAGUCAUUAAUGUGCUUUUAUUUUUAUUUUUGAACUUGAGUUUUGAAUCUGAAAACUGAGUUGCUGUGGAUACCACUGUUUUGUUUCAUUCUCUCUUCAGUUGGUUUGGGUCUUGAACCACCUGUAGGUCAGACCAGGUGAAGAUGGCAGAUUUCCUUCUAAACGGAAUUAGAUCCUUUUAUGAUUGGACAUAUUGCUCAUUCCUAAUUGCCCUUGAGAAGUUGGUGGUGAGUUAAUUCUUGACUACAACUCAAUGGCUAGCGAGGGCUAUUUGGAGUAGAGGAAACAGUCAAUGCCAUCAUAUUGUCACCUUCUCAUUAACUGGAAAAUGAUUACUGACACAUUUCUGAUGGAUCCUAUGCACACUACAAUGUUCACAACAAUGGGGAAAAGCCACAUGCUGUCUCUAUAUAAGUGGUUUGUGGCCAUUUUUCUUCUUAUCCAUAUCUGAUGGUAUGGAAUUGGGACAAAUAUAAAUGAGAACAUGGGCAAAGCAGUUUUAUUUUAAACUCUGAGGCAAUAGCUUCCUCGAAAAGUUAGCAAAUAAAGAGGUGCUGAAAUGUUCUUCACUGUUGAUGAACAGAUACAUUAUGCCUGUUACUGUAGUAAGCAUACUGGUGUAAAUCUCACUCCUUUGUCACUGUAUUCUUGCUGUGCUACACAGUAUUUUUACAGAUCGAAUUUUUAAAAUUUCACUAAUUUGAACUGAAAAUCAUCAACCUCAAGCCAGGCCUUUCUCCAAUAGACUAUUCAGUGCAGUUAAGCUUUGGUAUGGUAAAUUACACUCAGCUAAAUGUUCCCGCAGCGUUUGUCCUUGAUCCAACACUAUUUGGUAAUCUCAGCGAGAUAUUGCAAUUGGCCUUGAUGUUCCUGAACAAGGACAGGGAAACAGCUUUUUCCAGGUUUCUCCUGCCUGAUUCCAGUUACCUAUGCUGGAACAUUUUGACAUGCAGAUGCCAUUAGAAUGAGUUCAACGUUAAUUCACCUUCCCUCUCUGGCUGAACAACCGAUCUCAACAACUGUAUUUGUGUAAUGUCUAUGAGGUAGGUAAACAUCCCUUCACAGGAGUGUAACCAAACAUAACGUAGCACCAAGGCACAUGAAGACAAACAGGUGACCAAAGAGUCUGGUCAAAUAGAUGGGCUUUAUGAAGGAUCUGAAAGAAAGUAGUAAGAUUGAGGGAAUUCCCAAGCUGUUGGCCUAAGCAAAUGGAAAAUGGUUUUAUUGAGACACCAAAUGGACAUUUUGGCUCACCAAAAAUAGAUGACCUUUGUAGAUCAGCAUAGCACACUUCAGCAGCAGUAUACUGCUGUACAAUAAAAUGGAUGAGUAGUGAGGGAGGGGGGAUAAAUGGGGAGGGAAAAGGGGGUGGUGUGGAAUAUGAAACUUUAUACUUUUUAUUUCAAGUUGUUAAGCAUGCAUGUUCUGGGUUCUGCUCCAGGAUGCUAAUGGUCUGGAUUUGUACUUAUAGCUGAGCAUUUGCCUUGCGUUUUCAGGGAGAGAAACUUCUGCCAGCUUCCUCCUGGUGUCUGUAUACUGUAUCAUUGUGUGAGUGUCUGCUCAGUCUCACUUGACAGCCAACUUUGGUCCAAUAGCAACUGUGCAGUUCUCCAAUGCCAAAUGGCUAGAAUGUUGCAUUGCUCUUGUGUAUGAAUCCAAAUGCCUUUUGAUCAUUGAUGUGCUUUUAUUUUUAUUUUUGAACUUGAGUUUUGAAUCUGAAAACUGUGUUGCUGUGGAUACCACUGUUUUGUUUCAUUCUCUCUUCAACCUGUUAAGGGAGACAAUGAUGGCCUCACAAACCCUUCCUCCUUGCAUUAGAACACCUCCCUUCCCAUACCCCUAAACAAGCCUGAAAGAUUUUAUUUGAGUAUUAUUUGUCUGGAAUCCAAGUAUUAAAACACUGUGACAUUUAGCCUUAUAAAGUCGUGAUUCAUAGGAUUUAAAUUGUUGGGUUGCAUGGAGUGUGGGGUGCGGGACAGCACUGCAUACUGUAUAUAUUGAAUGUCUUUUAGGUUUAUUUGCAACAAUGACAAUGGUAAUGUAGUGGUUUAAUUUAGCAUAGUAUAUUUGCCCCUCUGUCUGUUUUGUUUGAACGUUAGCCGCAACAUCGCAGUUCUAGGAAAUAAAUAUGUACCAGACUAAUACAAGCCUUUUACGUAGGAGUAUCAGAACAGGAAAUAGUUUAGUUUCUUCUGCCCACCUGCUAGAUCCUGGGUGAUGUGCACCUCAAUUUCUCUUAAAAAUGUUCAUCCCUACUUCCUCACUUAGUAAAAAUCCACUGUCUUGAGAACAUAAAUUGUGCUAGAAUCCAUGGCCUUUUGAGGGAGACAAUUCCACACUACCACUACCUCUUGUGUGGACAAAAAAGUGCUUCUUGAUUUCACUCUAGCUCUAAUUUUAAUAUUGCCCCCUGCUGUUGAUUUCUCCCACCAGAGAAUAUAAUUUCCCUUUUGUUGCUUCCUUAAUUAUUUUGAACACUUGAUGAGAUCGGCCCUCAACUAUCUAACCUCAAGAGCUUGUAGGUUGUGAUUGUAUGCCUCCUAAUCACUUUAUCAUUCAACCAUUAGCAUCGUUCUGGUGUGCUAUAUCCUGCCCAAUGCCAAUAUCUCCUUCCUAAGAUCAGAUCCUUAUACAAAAAUUGCCUGCUUCAUAUCCAACCAGCAGCCUGUUCUAUGAGAUACUUUCUAUUUUAGUGAGCUUUUAUUUCUGUUUACACAUUUUGCACAAUCUUUUCAAGUGUCAGUCCACCGUAAUAAUGAACUCUCUAUCUUUUAUUCUUUCUGUAUAAGCCACCACCAAAUGACUUUUGUGACUAAUUAAGAUAACAAGGACUACUCAUGAGGGACAGUGUAGCAAUAAAAGAACAAGAUAGAAAGAGAGGACGAUGAUUAUAAUGAACUCUUGAGAUAACAUCAUCUAAAUUAGACAGUUAUUUUACCAGUUCACCUUGAUUCUUUUGUUGUGUCUCUGAUAAUAGAUUCCAUUAAUCUCUCCACAAUUAACUGGUCCAUGUAGUUUCAUUAAUACAUAGUUGAGUGGGAAUUUACACUUUUUCAAAUUGAAGCCACUAAUAUUCAAAUUUAGAUUACAUUGGGAAAUUCUGACCAAUGAAUCUACAAUUGCUGCACCUUUUCCUUCAAUUUCUGUAAUUUAUCUGAAGUCCUAAUAUUUUACCCGUUACACUUUUAAAAUUUAUACUAAAUUAAUAAAUUACUCCCCAGGCCACACUUUUAGGUUCCCUUUGAACGUUUGGCAAUUUGUUCUUUCCUCAUUGGACAUUAACGUUCAUUUCAUGCAGCUUUUCAUUCUAGUCUUACCUGCAUCUAUCAUUGAUGACAGUGUUCUCCCUUACCACUCUUAGUUCGGUAAUAAAAGUUAUGCUGUUAACUUUGGUAUUUUUCCACAACUUCUUUUGAAAUCCAUUGUUGCAUUUUAGAGCUCUGCCAGUCAGCUUUCUGUUUGGACUCGUAAGCUUGACUGCUUGUGUGAUGACUGUUGACUGGACUGUCAGUUUACCAACUGUGGUGCAAUAUCUUCUUAUGCCAGAGAGGGUGCAGCCACCAGGAGACGGCAUUAUCAAGUCGACUACAUUGUGGCAGAGAUGGACAAAUCCCAUAGGAUGAUAUCAAGGCACACUUCACUGGGUACUUUUCUUUUGCACUUGGUAGUGGCAUUAUACCCAGAUGGAAUGACUUUUGACCUUUUUCUGUAUGAUUUACUUUUCAUUAACACUGAGUUUUAAUUGUCUACAUAUUGAGCUCCUUCUUCCUAAAGGCAAGAACUCUCAUCCCAGAAAGAGCGAGGAAGGAAAAGGAACAUGGGAAAAAGAAGGCACUUCCAAUGUUCAAGCCCUUUGCACACAGUUAUUUCACUGAAUGUUUCUGGUACAGACUUUUAAUAGAAGAAAAGAUUCUGGGGAUAUUAACUUGGACUCUUUGUAGUAAAUUAUUAAAUAAAACAAUCCUGGGCUGAAGCUGACACUUGCACCUUCCCCACCCUGCCAACCCCAGGAAGCUGCUAAAGCAAAAUGUAUUCCCAAGGCCUUGGAACUCCCCUUUGAUGAUGAGCUGAGGCUGAACCUACAAGCCGUAGCAACCAGCAAAAACAGUCUGUAGUGAAUCUUACCCUCAAAUGGAUUUGGUCAUCAUUGAAUUGUAAAAUGCAUCCUCCAACAGCUGUGUUUGUGUAUUUUAUAUGACUAGUAUACUUUGAUUUACUAAAUUGAAAAAAAACUUAAAUUAUUUGAUUAAAAUUUUCAAAUAAACCUUGACUGUUUUUUUUUAA